AUGCCCUCCAACCAUACAGGAACCCGAUAUUUUGCUCGUCCUAGUUCCCUCGACAAGACCUUGAACCAUCCGCUCCUGGAGAACGGGACCGCCGCCAACAUGCCAGGCAGUGAUGAACAGAAGUCGCUGGAGGCGGCCAAGGAGACGAAGGACUCUUACACUCAUGUGGAGAAGGAACCGGUCUCGGUCAAGAGGGAGUUGUCCAGGCAGGGUAUCACAUUCGCGGCGCAGGACAAACUCCCGAAACUGCCGAUCCCUGACUUGGAGUCUACCAUGAAGAAGUACCUCGAGACCUUGGCGCCCUUACAGUCUCCUCAGGAGCAUAACGACACAAGAGCUGCCGCCAAAGACUUCAUUGAGAACGAAGGUAAGGACCUGCAGGAGCGACUGAAGAAGUAUGCCACAGGCCGAACCAGCUAUAUCGAGCAAUUUUGGUACGAUUCUUACCUGAACUACGACAACCCGGUGGUCUUGAACCUGAACCCUUUCUUCCUCCUGGAGGAUGAUCCGACACCCGCGCGGAACAACCAGGUCACACGAGCCGCUUCGUUGGUCAUAUCUGCGCUCUGCUUCGUCCGGGCCGUCCGAAAAGAAGAGCUACCACCAGACACCCUCAGAGGAACACCCCUCGACAUGUACCAGUACUCGCGACUGUUCGGUACCGCGCGUGUCCCGACAGAGAACGGCUGCAUCAUUGGCCAGGACUCCGACUCCAAGCAUGUCGUUGUCAUGUGUCGCGGUCAGUUCUACUGGUUCGAUGCGCUCGAUGAUAACAACGACCUCAUCAUGACGGAGAAGGAUCUUGCCAUCAACCUCCAGGUGAUUGUCGACGAUGCCGAGGAGAUACCCAUCCAAGAAGCCGCCAAGGGUGCCAUUGGGGUGCUCAGCACCGAGAAUCGAAAGACCUGGUCUCACCUACGGGACAUUCUGACCAAGGAUGAAGGCUCAGAGAACUCUGAGUGUCUCAAUAUCGUCGACUCUGCUCUGUUCAUAGUGUGUCUGGACUACACAGAGCCUGCAGAUGUCUCUCAACUUUGCGGCAAUAUGCUUUGUGGUACCAACGAGGUCGUCCGCGGGGUCCAAGUUGGCACUUGCACCAAUAGAUGGUACGACAAGCUUCAAAUCAUCGUCUGCAAGAAUGGCAGUGCAGGCAUCAACUUUGAGCAUACAGGCGUUGAUGGUCAUACUGUCCUUCGCUUCGCCAGCGAUGUUUACACCGACACGAUCUUGAGGUUUGCCAAGUCGAUCAACGGUCAAGCGCCGACAUUGUGGACAAGCCAGAGCCCUGACCCGUCCAAGCGUGAUCCUGACAGCUUCGGCGAUGUGAGCACUACUCCCCACAAGCUGGAAUGGGACAUGAUCCCAGAACUACAGAUUGCGCUUCGUUUCGCUGAAACCAGGCUGGCUGAUCUGAUCAAUCAAAACGAGUUUCAAACACUGGAUUUUGCCGGCUAUGGCAAGAACUUCAUCACGUCGAUGGGUUACUCGCCCGAUGCCUUUGUGCAGAUGGCCUUCCAAGCAGCUUAUUACGGACUCUAUGGCCGAGUGGAGAACACAUACGAGCCUGCCAUGACCAAGAUGUAUUUCCACGGACGUACGGAAGCCAUUAGGACAGUGACUCCCGAAGCCGUUGAAUUCGUCAAGACGUUCUGGGCUGACAACCCCGCUCAGAAGAAGGUUGAUGCACUCAAGACCGCGACGCAGAGGCACACGGCCAUCACCAAAGAGUCGAGCAAAGCUCAGGGACACGACCGACACCUGUACGCGCUGUAUUGCGUGUGGCAGCGGAAAGUCAACGAUGAGGGGGCAGAAUUGGCAAGCACCGCCGGCUUCAGCUCAAACGGGUACUCCAGUCCCACGGAUGUGAGCGAUCUGGGAAGUCCAAAGCGGCUGGAAGAAUCCCCGUCUAUCAGUCGCUCGCGGACCGGGACAGACACUAGUCGAUCACCGGCACCUCCCCUGCACCAAAUGCCCGCUCUCUUCAGCGACCCAGGCUGGGACAAGAUCAACAACACCAUCAUCAGCACAUCCAACUGUGGCAACCCUGCACUUCGGCAUUUUGGCUUUGGUCCCACCUCUGGUGAUGGCUUCGGCAUUGGGUACAUCAUCAAGGACGAUUGCAUUUCAGUGUGCGCCAGCAGCAAACACCGACAGACCAAGCGCUUUGUGGACAGCCUGGAAGGGUAUUUGAACGAGAUCCGACGACUCCUCAAAGCUACCAAAACGAAAGAUCUCGCGGCAGCCAAGAUCACGCGGGCCAGGGAGGCCGAAGAGAAAGCCAGCAAAGACGGCAGGAUCAAAUCACGAGGUCGUGUCAUCAAGACCGAGGCGUCCAAGGUCGAUGGCGUCCAAACCCCGACAAGCAUGGACACAGCUGAUGUUGAAGAUGGCUUGGGUGGAUAUGGCUUCUUCGAUGCUGGCAUGCUGCUGCAAGCUCUGAAGAAAGACAAGCCGCAACCCGCCGAGCAAAUCGUGCAGCGCAAGCGGACGGUGGGAAAGAAGCUUGCUUUGUCCGAGUACUGA